AUGCUUUUUCUGUUCUCAAUCUUCGGGUUAGUCCAUGGCAAUCAUUUCACUUUUGACCCGACCAGCCGAGUGAGCACAACUGAAAACUGGCUCAACGACGAUAUUCCGUGCAUUGGUAAGGAAUAGAGAAAGACUAGAGCGUACUGGUUAACUUAAGGCGACAGGAUUCGUUUCGAUGAUACUCUUCCGAUAGUCGCUUUUAUGGAUCACAAUCUUAAUGUGAGAAUGUGUGCUCUAAGAAGAGGGAAAGUAAAAUUGUUUUUAGGCGGAAUCGAUCACACUUCCGGAGAACGGAAUGAUUGUAUUCAGUGACAACGGAGUGGAGUUUGGCGGAAAUGCACAUUGGCAAUGUAGGAGAACGAGCGACGGCCCUAAAGGUGAUGAAAACGAAUAGGAAAAGGGUUUUCACUUUUGACCCACCUGGAAUUGUCCAGUUUCCGAUUGGAGUACCUUGAAAGUUUUCUUGGACUUGUCUAGAGAUACUCUGAAACUAUGCCAUGAAACCUUUUACUUUGCCAGGGAUUUUGAACUAAAAUAUCUCCAAAUCUGAUGAUUCAUUAGAGCUGAAACUUUCUAGGUAGCGGCUCCAACCCAAGCGCAAAAUGGACCAAAAGCUCAGUCUUCCUAAAAUCCUAAAAACCUCUUUGCCUGGCCCAAAAUGACAGUUUCAGACGCGUUCUUUUCUCGCGACGAAAGCAGCGACACAUCAUUCUACAACCCAAAGAACUGGAUUCCCGACGACGAUAAGUUCCUUCACAUGAACCAAGUCCCCUCUGAACAUGUGCUUCAUCUCCAAUCUCACCUUCCCAUUUACCUCAAUGUUUUCAGGAUGACGUGACAAUUUCCUCACUGGCAAGCGCCCAAAUCUACCUGGAUCGACCGGUUGUUGUCAACAAUUUCCAGUUCUACAAGCGUCAAGUCAGUCUAGUUUCUGUGUGUGUGUGUGCGGGUCUUCUUCAAAAGGUCUUCUUCAAAUGA